GGAGGAACUUAAUUCACUACGAUGUCACAGCGCGGAGGCACAACCUCUGCAAACUCAUUGAAACUGGAGAUGAAUAAAUUCAAGGCAUUCGUUGUGAAGAAAAAAGCUUUCAGGAGAGAAAGCACACAGCCUUUAAUAGAGAAUAACAACGACAUACAAGAUGGAUUUAAACAGGCACCAUGUACCAAGUAUGAAAACGCUUUGGUUCAGAAUACCUUGGACAUCCACAAAGAACAACGCCUGCAGAGUGAGGAACAGAUCACACCUGAGAAACUCGCUGGACUUCUUCAGGUGCCACUUGAGGAUGGAUUUUGUUGCUCAACACACCGUCAGCUCAAUGCAGAGCAGCAGCAUCUCUGCCUCGUACAAAGAUCUGUGGACCAACACUUCCCAAAGCUUCCUCCAGAUGUGGACCAGAACCUCCAUCAGUACCUGGAGAACGUGCAGAAGAUGGUUAUUACCGAGUUUGUGAGGCUGGGUUCCCCUCUGACACGUAUGGGGCUGAUGGGAAGUCUGAUUGAUUGCUACCAUCGUGAGACAUUUACUCGCCUCGAUGAUCUGCUGCAGAACGUCCGAUCCUCCAAGAACUCCUUUGAGUUGAUGAAAUGGGUCCUACAUACGUAUCUGAGCCCGGAGAUGCUCUGUCAUCCUCAACUUCAAGAAAUGGAUCCCAUUAAAAACGUCGACCUCCUGCUGUUCACCGAGUGGGUGAGAAAAGCAAAGGACAAACUACUUGAAAAUGUGGAGAACGAGGUCAAAGUGUUCCUGGAGAAAAUCCUGCAGAAUGAGAGAGACAAAGAAACUGUCAAAGAUGACCUGUAUGUGGACACUAUCCAGUGCAUUGAUGCCAUGAUCGAGGCAGGGAGACAAAUCAGCCAAAAACUGUCUGGCCGCGUGCAGGAUGUCUGUUUCCAAGAGCUGCUGAAUUUUCUGACACAGUACACCAAUGAGCAGACUGAGAUUCUUGAAAAAAAAGCAAAAGUGGACAAACCAGAAAUCAAAGAUUUCUUCAAGACUUUGAACAACUGCAAAGAAAUCAAGCAGUACAUCCAGAGAAAGAAGUUCAAAACAUCCCUUCUCAAUGAAACCCUGGCUGUACUUGACAACAUGGAGACUUUUACUGUGAAAGUCCUGAAGGAAAUCACAGCUGACAUGACAGAGAUGUACCUUAAGAAAUACUUCAAAUCGGAGAACAAGGACUUUCUCCUCUUGAUCCUGGACUUGAAGCAUCUUUUCUCAGAGCUGCAGGGCUUCCAGGGCGUCCAAAUGAGAGUGGUGCAGGAGGCCUACAAGCUCGUCACCUACCUUUACCUCAAGCAUUUUAUCCAGAGAAGUAAGAACAAACUGUUAAGGUGCUGGAGUCCUGAUGUUGGCCGAACAGUCAAUCAAGAUGCUGAAAUUCUCCAGGAAACCUUUUCAAAGCUGGCUCCUGGUGUGGAACAGUGGCACCUCAUGCUGCUCAGUGUCAGAGAACUGGACGAGUGUGAAAGCUUCGAUGCUGUAAAGCUCACAGUGGCUAGGAUGCAUCACGAAUAUCACACGUGGAGCGAGUUCAUGGAGAUCCUGCCCUCCCUGCUGCGAUGGAAAGGCCUUUCUAAACGGAAGAUUAUGGAGCUGGAGGACAUCCUGAAGGAGCUCCCCAACUAUCAACCCAGAGCAGGAUCUGUUUCCUGGUUCUUGUGCUUUUAUUGGUGAAGGAUGCGCUGCUUUACAAGAGGAUCGACCGAAACAAGCAAAGAUGACAGAGUUGAGUGUUCAGAAACCUUCCUGGACACCCUUCUCGAAACAUGUCACCUUUGGCAGUGAGUUGUAAGAAAGUUAGGUGAGAGUUUUAGUGAUUUUUGUACAAUAUAUGAUGCAAUUAUGGCUGAUGAAGAGACCGAAUGAGGAACGACAAGAAGGGAAGAAUUGACCAACGAUCCAUAAAAUAAUAUAGGUACAGUUGUAAGCACGCACGAUUCAAAUUUGAGUUUGUUCACGAAAUACAUUGCAAGACGUUAUUUGUUUAUUAUCAUUGUAAAAAAAUAAAAUGCAUCGGCUUGCCAGAUUAAAAAUCACGCGAGGGAGGUGCUCAUGGGUGAAAACACUACCGCUUCUGUCCACAGGGGGCACCUAAAUCACUACAAAAUGAACCUUCUUUGUCGCUGCUUUAAAACUGAAGGGUUUAUAGAUUGUUAUUAUUGUUUACGAUUUAAGAUAUUUAGAAUAUUUAUGUGGAACAGUUAAAUUGUGUUUCAUACUUUAUGAAACGGAACAUUUUUAGUCUAUGUCCUUUUAUUUCCAUAAACUUAAUGUCAAAGAAAUUAAACUGCACAAAAAAAUAUGCUGCCUCUCCGUUAUCAUGUUCAUAUUUGAUUAUUAUUUAAUACAUAUUAAAUUAUUUAUUUAUAUGAACAUAUUUAUAUUUAACAGAAACUAGAGUCAAUCAUACAGUAUCAAACGUUAUUGUUAAAAAUGUAUUUUGCUUUAGCUACUCAAACCAUUCUGAUUUACACUUGAACUGUGAAAUCUAUUCUCAAACUUUUUUUGCUACUAUUUUCUUUUUAAUGCUUUUACAAUCAGGGUACAGAUGUUGGUUACUCUUAUUUCUGCCUGCUAAAUGUUUUAAUAAUGCAUUCCACUAAACUAUUUGUGUGUGAGUUGUACAAUAUUGUUUUGUUUGAUUGUUUUCCCUCUUUAUUCCUGUAUCUUAUUUUCAGCUUCAAUGUGAGUUGAAUUGCUGAUUUGCUGCACUACAAUCUUAUGUACUGUAUUCUCGUGGUGAUGUUUUUGUUUAGGAGCUUACAGUUUGGGUUACAGGGACAAUCAAACAAUGUUUAAUAAAUAACAUACAAAUCUAAUAGAAGGAUUUAUUAAAAAGUAAGAUUUCUGUUGAUUUGUGUAACGGUACCGGACGCUUUUUGUGGGUAUUUUUGCUGUAGAAAAAAUAAAAAAAAGAAUUAAAUAAAAAUAAC